CCCACACGCAGCCAUCACUCCACUUGGACUUGCCACAGGCGCGCAUUGCACAACCGCGGACAAGCAUCGCGCACUUCAACAGCGACUCGCUUACUCCGCUUGCUACCCUAGCCAGAGAUGGCGCCUCCCCAAUCGCUUCCCGGCCUCCCAGACGACUUUGUGUCCAAGCUCUUCCACGGAGAUGUCGUGACCAAGGUCGCCGACCCAAACUAUCGCGGCAAGGUGGUGCGCGGCUGGACAGACGAGGAUGCCCCGCCAGAAGUCGAGCAUCCCGCCGAGCAGCCGCUCGUCCGCGGCGAGGUCAUGAUCUGCCACAUGCAGACGGGCGUGUUUGAGGUCGUGCCCGAACUCAGUCUCCAGCUGUUUGAGCGCAGCUUCCUCAAAGGCGACCUGGUCAAGCAUGCCCUCACCGACCUCGAGAGCGCUGUUGUGGUCGACGUCCAGACCGAGUGCGUCGUCGAGCAUGUCAUGUCCCGCGAGCGCAUCGUGCGUCCGGUGCCCUGGACCAAGCUCAAGAACGCGGUCCGCAUCGAGGCCAAGGACAAGGUCGUGUACGAUGAGUGGAUCGGCACGGUCGAGGAGGUAUUCGAGGACGGCCUUAUCGAGGCGGCCCGCGACGGUAGCUGCUACCGGAUAGCGGAGAUGGGCGGCUUGCUCGAGACUGGCCGUUUUGCUCAUGAGGUUCUCCCAGACCACCCCGGGGUCAUGGCCGAGUUCAACAACAGCUUCCCGCCAUCUGCGAACGCCUCGACCGACCGCGUCAUCAGCGUUCGCCCCCUCAUCGUCUUUGUCAUCUGGAACGCUAUCAACCAGACACUCCCGAUCGCAGAGCACGAGAAGCACCCCGAGCCCCAGCGCUUCUGGUGCAACGGUGACAUUGAAAAGCUCACACAUUUCGAGGGCAUGAAGCACCAGGCACCUCCGCUGGGAACGACUGUGGUGUUUAGGGAUCGCAUGGACGAAAUUGAGUACGGUGCAAAGGCGACGCACCACGUCAAUGGCACAUAUCAGCUGCGCGUGUUCCGUGUCGUUGAGAACAGAACCAAGCUCAAGCUGCGUUGGCAGGACGGUACCGAGACUGAAGAGUUCUCCGUCGGAUUUGUUCCUUACCGCAAUGUUGAUGACUAUGAGUCCUGGCCUGGAGAGCACCUCGUCUGGCGAAGUGACACUGGCGAGCGCCGACCUGCUGUCGUACAGAGCUACAACCCCCGCCAGCGUGUCGCCAACAUCCUGCUCACGGACACAAAGGAGAAGGAGACCGUCUCCGUCUUGGAACUUGACACUGGAGGCUUUGGCAAGGCCAACUAUGGCGUCGGUUUGGGCCAGCACAUUCUGUUCUGCGACGACAACGGUGCGCAGACCCCCGAGGUUCCCGCUCUUGGCCAGGUCGACCCCCCAGAGGAUGGCCGUGAUGGCUUCCGCAACGAGCUCCACCGCCUAGGCUUAGACCAGGGCAUGAACGCCGACGUCUUUGGCGGCUCCCUGCCAAAGGGUGACCAGUCGCUCGUCAAGUGGUGGGGCGAGGUCGUCGACUUGCAUCUCGACGGCCAGGUCGAGGUUGAGCUCUACACUGGAGAGCGCCGCACUGUGAACAUUAAGAAUGUUAUCAUUCUUAACGAGCCCGAAGGCGCUUUCCCCGGCGAGUUUGAGGACGACGUCGAGAGCAUUCACUCGGACCGCAGCUGGGAGACCAUGUCUGGGGACGAGGACAUGGCGUCCAACUGGGACAACGAUGGCGACGCCACCCAGGACCGCUUCGACGACCUGAUGGAUGUCGAAGAUGAUGGCGCUGACAGCGUCGAGGUCGCCGACGACGACGAGGAGGAUGCGCGCGCGGGUGAGGCUGUGGAGGCGUUAGUGUCCGAGGAGGAGGAGUCGGUUUCACCGCCCGAGACCCGUGUUGCCGAACCAACAGCCGCGCCGAGUGGCAUCCAGGACUCGUCGGAUGAGGCUGGCCCGUCGACCUUGGCUACCCGUCCCACUCUUGCUGGCGACGACAAGUGGACACGCUUUGAGAUUCUUGAGGGGGCACCUGCCGAUCACCACUACUACUCGGAGCCCCGUUUACCUGCGUCAAGCAAGGCGUACCACUCGCGUAUCAUGAAGGAACAUCGGGCUUUGGCGAGCUCACUUCCAGACAACAUCCUUGUUCGCACGUACGAGGACCGCACCGAUCUCAUGCGCGUUCUCAUCAUCGGCCCCGAGGGAACACCAUACACGGACGCGCCGUUUGUCUUUGACCUGUAUCUCAAUCCUACAAAGUUCCCCUUUGAGCCUCCACUCGUCUACUUCCACUCGCACACGAAUGGCCUGGGACGGUGUAACCCCAACCUCUACGAAGAGGGCAAGGUCUGCCUGUCGAUUCUCGGCACAUGGGCUGGCGACAAGUCCGAGUCGUGGAACCCCACCAAGUCUUCGCUGCUGCAGGUCUUUGUGUCCAUCUCUGGCCUCGUGCUGGUGCGAUCACCGUACCACUGCGAGCCUGCGUUUGCCAAGCUCGAGGGCACACGUGAGGGACGGGUCAACUCUCGACUUUACUCUGAGAAGGCGUACGUCUUGUCGCGGUCGUUUGUGCGAACUGCGCUGGAACGGCCUCCGACUGGCCUCGCCGACGAGCUGCGGCAUUUAUAUCUGGAGAAGGGACGACUGGCGUCCAUCAUCAACCAUGCGCGCCUACUGAUCGACAAGGGCGAAGCUGAGGCCGCCAAUGGCAACGUGGCCGAGGACGAGGAGAACGAGGAGAUGUGGAACGCGGACGCGAUGGGCAGCUUGACAAUGGGUGCGAUUCUGACGCUCAAGCGGACCAUUGCGGCGCUGCAGCGGAUUGCGGAGCGGGAGGGUGUGGACGUGGGAGCGUAGGGGGAGCGGCAG